AUGGAGCGCCGCCUGACCUCCAGAAACGUGAGCCUGGACUGGAUUGACAAAAGUGAUACAAAUGAAGGCAAUUGGAUUUCAGCACUUUCUAUUCAAAACACAUACGUCAGGCUCAAACUCCAGUAUGAGCUGAGUCUGCGCCAGACCUGGGUUGAGCAACUCGAGUCUCCCAAUCAAGUUCUCGAGCAGCUGUCUCUAGCUGCAUGUCUGAUUGAACUAUGGAGAGUUAUGUACGGUGCCAUACCAGCAAAAGAACAAGCUCAGCCUACCACCAAACCCCCUUUCCCGGGGUUCGUCGAUAUCGCCUGUGGAAGUGGGAUUCUUGUGUACGUGCUUCACAUGGAAGGAUACAAAGGCUCAGGCUUUGAUGCCUGUCGUCGCAAAUCCUGGGAGACAUUCCCAGAAGACGUGCAAGCAUGUCUAGAAGAAAAGGUCAUCAUACCGCAGCCUUUCAUGGAUGUACUUGGCCCACGAGAAAUCGGCAUCGAGGUCCACUCGGGCGGCUUUCCAGAAAAUACUUUUAUUAUAUCUGACCAUGCGGACGAGCUCACCGUCUGGACACCGAUAAUGGCGGCUUUGGCUAGUCCUUCGUCGCCGCUGCCAUUCUUUGUGAUUCCCUGUUGCUCUCGCUCGCUCGCUGGUUCUUCAUAUCGAUACCCACUGCUGGAGAGCAGUGCCAUGCAGGGCGGUGAUCAAAAAACAGCUACAAAUAAAACUACUGGCUUUGUGGAACAAAACCCUCAACCUUGCUCGGGUGACCUGAGGGCUCUUCGUGCAGCGAAAAUGGAAGAGAAGACUGAAAGUGGGUUCUUGAACUCUAUGAUAGGAUCACUUGCUGCGAAGACAAUGAGUAUUGCGGGGGAGGUUGGUUACGGCGUGGAAAAGACAUGGCUGCGCACUCCGGGUGCGAUCAAUAUGGCUUUGAUUGGGGGGCGAGAUCAGGCCACAAGGGAUGUGCCAAAUUCUGGUGGUGACUCUGCAAAAAUUGAAGGCUUUACGGCUGCGCGUUUAGGAAGGAUCAUGGAAGUUGUUGAACGUGAAUGUUUGAAGGAUGGUGGCAUUCAUGAAGCUGCUCGGCUGUGGAUUGAACGGGCGAGAGGGUUACACCUCGGAAAUGGAAUUAAGCAUCAAGCCUCGAGUUGA